UCAUUGAACUGCACGAUUCUCAAGGUAUUUCUAAAUGAAACAUUUAGUCUGAGGAGAUAUUCAAAUAAUCAGCCUGUCGUGAUAAUCUGACUCGUUGUAUUUAGAUAAUAUUUUCAAAUGAAACAUUUGGUUAAAUGCCGUCUUUAGUUGUUACUUUCUUUACCAUCCACAAUUUUUGUUUCUAUUUAUAAUUUCAUUAUUACUGUGCUUGUAGUAGCUUUUCUCAUGAUUUUUAAAGUGACAUUCCCUUGCUUGCUGGAACUCUACCUUUUUUUGCCUUGAAACAGAUGAUAUAAGAAAACAUGUUUCAGGUGGAAAAAUGCUAACUAGAAAUUGUUGCAAGCAUAUUUUGAUAAGUUGGAUCCAAGCAUGUUUAUUAAUGAGCUUUCAAGUGUUGGCUGGUGCUUGAAAAGAAUCAUCAGGUUUUCUUAUUUCUGUUCCACUUCCACAUUUUUCGAUACUUGAGAUACCAUUAAGUUGGGACCACAACCGUAUUGCGGGCCACUAAAGCUAUGUUAAACCAUGUUACAUCUUAAUGUAUCAUUAGUUACUUAUUAUAUACUUGACCAAAUUCAUUUGCUUCUUGAACUUCCUGGGAAGGAAUCUUUGCUGAAAUUGUUGUGAUAAUCCCAUCAACUCGCAACUGCUAAGCUUUGGCGAUUUAGAACAACUGCGUAGAAGUGCUCAUUAGGAAAAUAUAUUAUGUUUCGUCUGAUAUUCUGGAUAGCGCUUGGCCACUUAGAUUCGUUGUAUGAAUGUUGACUCAACAUGUGGAGUGAUGACUUAAUAUAUUUGAUAUACAUGUGGGGAUCUACUAAGCCUGUUUUUUUUUUGCCAUUUAAUGCAGGUAAUGGACCGUUAUGUUGAUCCAUUAGUGACUCAUUUGAAGAUAAUGUUGAGCUACCGCAAGUUCAGGAAGGGCACUAAAGCAGAAGUUGAUGAGGUGUUGAGAAUUGAGAAAUCCGAGUAUGCGAUGAGGAUUGUUUAUUGUUUUGGCAUAUCACAUGAACAUCCUGGCACAUUUAUUCUUACAUACAUACGGAGCACAAACCCACAUCAUGAGUAUAUCGGCUUGUAUCCAAAGGGAUUCAAGUUUCGGAAGAUGUUUGAGGACAUUGAUCGGCUCGUAGCAUAUUUCCAGAGGCAUAUUGAUGAUCCACAACAUGACUCUGCGCAAUCAAUUCGAUCAGUUGCUGCGAUGGUGCCAAUGCGAAGCCCUGCAACUGGGGGGUCCUCAAGUGGGUGGGGUGGUUCCGCUAGUAAUGACGGUGGCUGGAGAGGAGAUCGGGAAAGAAAUCCAGGUUCACGAUCAGGGAGAGGCAAUGGUGAUUACAGGGGCAGCAAUCAGGAUGGGCACCCAAGUGAGCUUCCCAGGCCCUAUGGUGGCCGAGGCCGUGACCGAGGCUCUCAUAACAGCAGUGGUGAUAAUGAUGGUAAUGACGGGCGGGAUGGGUGGGGCAGCUUUCCAGGUGCCAAAGUUCAAAAUUCUCCAAGCAGGGAGGCUUUUCCUGGUGGUUGGAGUUGGAGUUGGAGUGGGAGUGGCAGUGGCAAUUGGGGUGGUGGUGGAAGUGGUGAUGGUGUAAGUGGUGGUUGGGGGAGCGGUGGUGGUGGUGGUUCCGGUGAUGCGGAUGCUGGUGGUGGAAAUUCUGGCUGGGGUGGCACCAAGUGGUAGAGUGCCCCAAGUCUGUUUGGAUUUUAAUGGUAUGGAUUUUAAUAGUAUGGCUAAUGGGCAUAUGAUUUUGCAGUAUUGCCCCAGUUGAAUAGUAGCGUACUUAUCCAGUUGAAUAGUAGCGUACUUCUCCAGUUUCUAUUCGUAAAAAAGUAGAAGUCCAGUUUCUAUUUAUGUAGUCUUUAUCUAGUAUAUGAUACGUUUCUCAUGUGCCCAGUAUUUUGGAAAGCACUUUUUUCCCCUUUUCGA